AUGUACAUCACCCUUUACUACAUAGUCAACCGCCUCCCUGACUCCCUUGCUUCAGUCAGGGACCACUUUCUCUCCCUUUGCCCCACCGAGCUCACUGUCGACCUCCUAGAGGAGCGCCUCGCUGCAGCUGAGAAGAGUAUCUUAGCUAUAGGUGCUUCUCGCGGCGACCGUCGCACCCCUUUCUUUGAGGGGUGUUCCCAUGUCCCCCUUCUCCCCUCUGUUGCUUCUGCUGUUGCUGUCGACCUCGUUGGCACUGAGGAGGUCGGGGCUGCGUCUGCUCCCAGUGGGAGGCGCCGCAACAGCAAGGGCAAGGGGAGCAAGGGUGGUGGAGGGGAUGGCGGGGGCAGCGGCGGAGGCGUUGGAGGAGGCGGAGGGGGUGGCGGUGGAGGUGGGGGUGGUGCCGGGAGUGGGGGCUUCAGUGGCGGCGGUGGAGGUGGUGGAGGCAGCGGCGGAGGUGGUGGAGGCAGCGGCAGCGGUGGUGGAGGCAGCGGCAGCGGUGGUGGAGGUGGCAGCGGCGGUGGUGUUGGUCGAGGUGGAGCCGCGCAGCGUGGAGGCUUUGGUGGUAGCCAGCGCCAGCAGCAGCCGUGUUCUCGUGAGACCCCGUCGGCCCAGCAGCUUUGUGAGUUGUACGCUGGGCGUGGGAGGUCUGGGGGUGCUGGUCCCUGCACUUACGUUCUUCGCACCGGCGGGCGUCAUGGGGAGACGUGCGGGCUGCCACACACUGCGCAGCGCUGCUUCGGCCGCCUGACUGACGCCUGGCGCGCCCAGUUUCCUGACGUUGUUGAGCUCCCUCGCUGGGGUGAUCUGCUUAGGCAGAAUGUUGCUAUCUUUGAUCUUGAUUUCGAUGCUAUCCUUGCUGCCAUGUAUGCUGUGACUGAUAGUGCUGAGGGUGACUGUUACCUGAGUGUCCCGCCCGACCCGGGCAUUGAGGCUGCUGCUCUAGGUGCUAGUGCGUCUGCUGCUCCAGGUACUGGUGAGUCUGCUGCUCCAGGUGCUGGUGAGUCUGCUCUCUCUGGUACUGCACCUACUGAGGCCUUGCACACUUUCACACUUGACUCUGGUGCUUCGCGCUCCUUCUUCCGCGACAGCACCACACUCACGCCGCUCAGUCGGCCUGUCGCAGUCUCCCUGGCUGACCUGUCUGGGGGCCCAGUCCUUGCGCACUCUUCCACGGUUCUACCAUGUCCUGCGGCCCCGUCGGGCUUGCUGUCGGGACUCCACCUCCCCUCGUUCUCUACGAACCUGGUGAGUGGAGCUGACCUCCAGGACGCGUGGGUUGACCAGUUCACCCCUGGAGGUCUUGUCCUGCGUCUGCCCCCUGCUCGUGUCGUCCUCUGUCGCACGAGACUCUCCUUUGGCACCACCGCCUUGGUCACCCCUCCCUGCCUCGUCUUCGAGGGCCGGCAGCGCGCUGCUCCUCACUCCUCCACGUUCCCUCCGACAGAGGCUCCCCUGCAGACUCUUCACAUGGACGUGUGGGGCCCAGCCCGCGUCCGUGGACAGGGUCACGAGCGUUACUUCCUGCUGGUCGUUGACGACUACUCGCCUUACACCACAGUCUUCCCCUUGCGCAGCAAGGGUGAGGUCACUGAGGUGUUGAUCGACUGGAUCCGCGGUGCCCGUCGCCAGCUUAGCGAGCGUUUCGGCUCGGACCUUCCUGUUCUGCGUCUGCACUCAGACAGAGGUGGUGAGUUUUCCUCCGACCUUCUGAGGGCAUUCUAUCGUACGGAGGGCAUCCACCAGACGUUCACGCUUCCGGCCUGCCCACAGCAAAAUGGGAUUGCUGAGUGCCGCAUUGGUAUGGUCAUGGACGUUGCUCGUACGUCCAUGAUCCAUGCGGCUGCUCCCCAUUUUCUGUGGCCGUUCGCGGUUCAGUACGCUGCGCAUCAUAUCAACCUUCAGUCUCGUGUCUCCUUGCCGGAGACCACACCUACUCUGAGGUGGACGGGGAAGGUUGGCGAUGCGUCUGUGUUCCGUGACUGGGGAUCUCGAGCUUUUGUCCGCGAUACUUCAGCGGACAAGCUGCCCUCCCGUGCCGUUCCCUGCGUCUUCCUUGGCUUCCCCCCUGACGCACCCGGGUGGCAGUUCUACCACCCCACCUCGUGUCGUGUUUUGUCCUCUCAGGACGUCACGUUUGACGAGUCGGUGUCUUACUACCGUCUCUUUCCCUACCGCACUGCCUCUGUAGACCCUGCCAAGCCGGUCGAGGUAGCUGUCGACUCAGGCGCUGCUAGGGGUGCUGAGCCUGCGGGUGCGGGGACUGGGGGUGCUGAGCCAGGGGUUUUUGUGUCUGAGGGUGCGGAGCCUGGGGUUGCUGAGCCUGAGCGUGUGGAGCCUGGGGGUGCUGAGCCUGGGGGUGCUGAGUCUGGGAGUGCUGAGCCUGGGGGUGCUGAGCCUGCGCGUGCUGCGUCUGGAGAUCCUCCGGGUGUCCCGUCGCGGCGGGAGCCCCUCUCUCCGCAACAGCUUUGUGAGUGGUACGCUCGGCGCUGUCGAGGUGCUGCUGGUGCUGCUGGUGCUAUAGGUGCUGCAGGAGCUGCUGGAGGUGCUGCUGGUGCUGGAGCUGCUGGAGGUGCGUCUGGAGCUGCUGGAGGUGCUGCUGGUGCUGGAGUUUUUGGAGGUGCUGCUGGAGGUACUGGUGCUGUUGGAGGUCCUGCUGGUGUUGGAGCUGCUGGAGGUGCUGGAGCAGCUGGUCCUGGAGGUGCUCGUACUGGAGGUACUGGAGCUGCUGGGGCUGGUGGUGCUGCAGGAGUUGGAGCUGCAGGUGCUGGAGCUGUUGCUACUGGAGGUGCUUCUGGAGCUGGAGCUGCUGGAGGUACUGGAGCUGGUGGUGCUGCGGGAGUUGUAGCUGGUGACCCUAGAGCUGAGGGUACUAGUGAUGUCUCUGAUGUUUGUGGAGGCGCUGCGCGGCCGCAGCCGUACUACGUUCCGCUCCUUCAGCAGGUUCUUGGUCUCCCACCUUCUCCUGGUCCUACUCCUCCUUUACUGAGUCCACCGCCUGUCCAGUCACAGUCGCAGUUACAGCCGACCUCUCCACUGCCUGGUCCUUCUCCUUACUCUGGACCGACACGAGCGUGUCCCUCUGCCGUCUCCUCCUGCGUCCUCUCUUCCUGA